AUGCGGAAGAUACCCUUAAGCAACCCCCUGCAUAUAGCGGACAACGCCUGGUCGACGGACCGAAUCACGCUGUCCUCGGAGGAGUACCUGUACUACGUCAAUCUGUUUAACUUGAACGACAAAUUCGACAGCCACUUCAUCGACAAUAAGACGGCGUCUUCCUUCCUGCAGAACUCCGGCCUGUCCAUUUCGGUCCUCCACUCGAUAUGGGAGUACAGCGACGUAGAGAACAAGGGGUACCUGACUCUGGAGGACUUCUUCAUUUGCUGCCGAUUGGUAGCUCAUGCGCAGAAUGGAAACGCCCUGAACGCGGACCUUAUAAAUAUACAGCCGGCGUGCCUGCCCAGCUUCGACAUCAUCCGGCACAAGUCCUUCUCCGACAUCUCCAACAUGGAGGGGACCGUCGAGUGGAAGAUAAGUGCCCGAGAAAGGGAAGACUACCGGAGGAUCUUCAAAACGCUCGACAUGAAAAACGAAGAGAAAAUAGAAGGGAGUGUCAUCCGAGAGUACUACCUUAACACUUCCAAUCUGUCCAUCUGCGAACUGAUGCAGAUAUGGAGCGUCUCCGAUUUGGAUAAUGAUGGCUUUUUAAAUUUCGAGCAAUUUUGCGUCAUGAACAAAAUGGUGGAAGUGAGGAAGGAGAAGGAGAUCAACAUCCCCCUGUCCGUCCCCGCGGAUUUGCUGAACUCGAUCAAGGCCGACCGGCAGGCGGUAGUGGAUGACGACGUGACCUUCCGAAAGGUCGAGGACAAGCGAGACAGCUUCAAGCUCUCCUUCGGGGACCUGCUCAAGACGGAAAAUGAGAAGAAGAGGGAAAAGGCAGCCCUGGAGAAGGGCGCCUCGGGAAAAGGCACCUCAGGGAAAGGCACCUCAUCAAAAGGAGGCAGCCCAGAAAAUAAUGAAAAGCUGAACAUGGAAUUUGACUUCUUUGAGUUUAAGCAGGAGGAGAGGUCAGACGUGGACAGGUCGGAUGUGGACAGGUCGGACGUGGACAGCUCCGAGAAGGAGAAGAGGAAGAGGAAAAAGAAGAAGGAGAAGGGGAAGGAGCGAGAGAGGGACAUUUUCUCUGAGCGCAGCGAGAAGAAGGCCCUCUUCAAGAAGGACUUGGAGAGUUACAGCAGAUUGGGUAAGGACGACGAGGAGGAUGACGAGGAGGAGGACGACGCGAACGACGCGAACGACGCGGAUGGCAUGAAUAGCGUGAAUGGCGAGGCGGAAGCCGGACGAAGGAAUCACAAGGCGAAGAAAAAGGCGGGCAGGAAGGAGGCCCGAAGUUACGACGACCUCAGCUCGGAGGAGAAGUCCAGCGGGGAGUCCGCCAAAAGGGGCAAGGAGAGGAGGAAGAAGGGUAGGGAAGACGAGGAGGGGGAAGAGGCGGAAGGAGGCGCCAAAAGGAGAGGCAGGAGGAAGAAGAAGGAAAGGGGGGACAGAGGCGACCGGGCCGAUAAGCGGCGCGACCGCGACCGCGAGCGUGACAAGUCGAGCAAGUCGAAGCAGAAGGACCGCGCGCGAAGGGGGCACGAGAAGGGCUCCGCGCAGAAGAAGCUGCAGUUGGAGAGGUUCUCCCCGGAGGAGGCGGCGUCUCGGGCGGUCGCGAUUGGCGGCAGCGCGAUUGGGGGCAGCGCGGCUGGCGGGGGGAACGGCGGCGGGAACGGCGAUCUGAACAGUGGCAGCCGGGGAAGCCGCGUCAGUCGCGUCAGCCAGAACGAAGAGGAGAAGAAAAAGAAAACCCCCCAAAGCGAGAAGUACUUCACGAAGCUCAUCGACUUUAACUACUCGGAUCUGAAGAACUAUAACAUCGAAAGCAAAGACGUGUACAAAAUAGAGGAGAUAAAUAGAAAGCUAGAAGAAGAAAUUGCAAAAAAAAAAAAAAAUAUAGAAAAAAAAAAAAAACAAGUAAACUGCCUAGCAUAUGUAUACGAAAAUGAAUUAAAAAAAUACCAGUGUCUGAAGGAAGAAAGAAGGAACUUAGAAUUUAUAAACCUCUGUCUUUAUAAAGACAUAAAACAUAAGAAGGAAAACAUCCGAAGCAUUAAAGGCGAAAUUAAGGAGCUAAUCGAAGAUAUUAAUAAAAUCAGCAUCGAAAAUGUAAAUAUUAAUAAAAACUACAUAAAGAAGGAAAAAGAGAUUAAGGUGACAGACUACAAGAGGAAGAAUCUAAAUGCUCUCAUAGACAAAGAGAAGAAUGACUUGAAGAAGGACGAAAGAAAUUUAAUUAUUUUAAAAAAUAUGAUUGACUACUUGAGGAAGCAAAAAAACAGAGCCCUCAAGUUGCAGGAUAGUUUAAAAAACAGAUACGACGUUACCAAUUCGGACCACCAAAUGUUAAUAAAAAAUAUUCUUCAUCAACAGAAUUAUUUAAAUAAAAUUACCCACAAACGUUUGAACUUGCAGAAGAUGAAAAAUCAGAACCUCCUGCUGUUUAACUCCCUUUGCAACCAGUCCGCGCUGCUGGACCUGCAGAAUGCCAACCCCGCCCUGCGCCAGCCCCCCGACGCCAAGGCCCUCGCUGCCCACCGCCGCUACUUCACGGACCGGAAGGGCAUCCCCAACGAGCAGAGUGACGAGCUGAAGAGCUCCAAGCGGAACUUCGAACUCUUCGAGCAAAUCAAAAACGGAGACAGCGUGGACAUCUUCUCCAGCAUGGACGAGUCGGAGUCCCUGGGAUACGCCGAGGAGGAGGCGGAGGACGAGGAAGACGGCCACUACGCCGAGGAGGAAGACGAGAAACGACAGAAGGGGAAGAACAACAUGGAGGACCUGGCCAACCUGGUGUCCAAGGAUCACAGCUUGAAGAGCGUCGACGACAGCUCCUGA